GCGGCUCCCGCAGCCCCUGGCAGCCCCGAGCCCCGGGCUCCCGCGACCACAGCGGCCGCCAGUGGAGGAAGAGGGGGAAGAGGAGGUGACAAACUCUCCGGCUCCGCGGCCCGCGGCCCCGCGCCCAGGCAUGCAGGCGCGGCGUCUAGCCAAGCGCUCCAGCCUGGGCAGCCGCCGUGGGGGCACCGCGCCCGCCAACGAAGCCUCCCUGCCCGGGCUCCCGCCCCCUGUCCCGGGCCCGGCUUCGGCUCCCGCCCCCGCCUCCGCCUCAGCCCGGGAGAGCUGGAGGCCGCCGCUGCCGCCGCCGCGCGGAGCCGGGACCGGCCCCGCUAGGGCCGCCGGGGCCGCCGCCGCCGCCGCCUCGUCGCCUGUGUUGCUGCUUCUGGGGGAGGAAGACGAGGACGAGGAGGGCGGGAGCAGGCGGCGAAGGGGGCUCGGGCGGGUGGAGGAGAAGCCCCGAGGGGGCGCGGAGGAGGAGGAUGACGACGAGGAAGACGAGGACGAGGAGGUGGUCGUCGAGGUGGUGGACGGCGACGACGACGAGGAGGAUGGCGAGGAGCGUUUCGUCCCCCUCGGACCCGGCCGCGCAGUCCCCAAGGCACCGACCCGGGGCGCGUUGAAGGUGGGGAGCAUUAAGCGGGAAAUGACCUUCAUGUUUCAAUCAGAGGACUUAAAACGUGACUCUAGCAGAAAAAUGUCUCAACAUUUGUUCUCCUUGGCCAUGGAGGAAGAUGUGAAAACAGCAGACACCAAAAAAGCCAACCGGGUCCUUGACCAUGAAAAAGAAAACACUCGUUCCAUCUGUCUCCUUGAGCAAAAAAGAAAAGUUGUUUCUUCCAACAUUGAUGUUCCUCCAGCAAGGAAAUCUUCAGAGGAACUGGACAUGGACAAGGUGACAGCAGCGAUGGUACUAACCAGUUUGUCAACCAGCCCUUUGGUUCGAAGCCCUCCCGUGCGGCCGAAUGAGGGCCUCAGCGGAUCCUGGAAGGAGGGUGGCUACGUGCCUUCCAGCACCAGCAGCAGCGGCUACUGGAGCUGGAGCGCCCCCAGCGACCAGUCCAACCCGUCCACGCCGUCGCCGCCGCUGUCAGCCGACAGCUUCAAGCCCUUCCGCAGCCCCGCGCAGCCGGACGAUGGCAUCGACGAGUCAGAGGCCAGCAACCUGCUCUUCGACGAACCCAUCCCCAGGAAGAGAAAGAACUCCAUGAAGGUGAUGUUCAAAUGCCUCUGGAAAAACUGUGGAAAGGUGCUGAGCACUGCAGCAGGUAUCCAGAAGCACAUCCGGACCAUCCACCUGGGGCGUGUCGGGGACUCUGACUACAGUGAUGGAGAAGAGGACUUUUACUACACUGAGAUCAAGCUCAACACAGACUCAGUGGCAGAAGGACUGAGCAGCCUGGCCCCAGUCUCGCCCUCCCAGUCCCUGGCUUCGCCUCCUACUUUCCCCAUCCCAGAUUCAAGCCGAACGGAAACUCCUUGUGCCAAAACUGAGACUAAGCUGAUGACACCCUUGAGCCGCUCGGCUCCCACUACCCUCUACCUCGUGCACACCGACCAUGCUUACCAGGCCACACCCCCUGUGACCAUUCCAGGAUCAGCCAAGUUCACCCCCAAUGGCAGCAGCUUCAGCAUUUCCUGGCAGUCUCCUCCGGUCACUUUCACAGGCAUUCCAGUGUCACCAACACAUCAUCAUCCAGUGAGCAUGGGAGAACAGAGACAGCACAGCCACACAAUCCUGUCCUCCCCACCCAGGGGCACCGUCAGCCUAAGGAAGCCUAGGGGAGAGGGUAAAAAGUGCCGGAAGGUGUAUGGGAUGGAGAAUCGGGACAUGUGGUGCACCUCCUGCCGCUGGAAGAAGGCCUGCCAGAGGUUCAUCGACUGAGGGGUGCCCAGAGGGGCCCAAGGCCCUGAGCCACUUCUGCCCUGGCUUUCCACUAUCGGUGUUGGAAAGAGCUUUUCCUUCCAAAUAAAACACACCUGAAGCCUAGGAAAAGCAUUUUCAGAAACCCUGGUGGAAUAACAGCAAAAAAAAAUAGAAAAAAAGUCACCACCUUACUGCUCCUCUGAGAAUCCAGCCUAGAGCAGCUAUAUUUUUUCCUUCAAAAGAAAAGUCAACUUUUUUGCUGUAGGUAUAGGUCUUAAAACUGUAGACUUCUAUAGCAAUUGAACCAACAAAGCCCAUUUUACCUAGAAAGGAGGCGUAUUUUGAUAAGCUUUCUCAAUCAUGUUUCUGAGAUUUUUUUGACACAACAAUAAGCUACACGUUAUUCAGUAGCAUUUGUACAAAGACCAAUACCUGCUUUUGUUGUGAAUAAUCUUUUUCCUGUUUUCCAUUUGACUUCUUGGAGCAGUAUACAUCAUGAUGUGUUGCAAGAAAGUGCAGCACUCUGUAUCUUUUUUAUGUCUUUUGGGAUUUGUUUUUAAGAAUGGCUCCAGACUGAACCAUGGUAGAGCUGUUAGCUUGGUGGACCCCAGAUGGCACAAACUUGAAAAGCAUUUGGCAGUGGAAAUCACCAGCAGACUUCAGCCCCAAGCUAAGUUCAGGAAAUCCUGCUGUCACUGUUGGAAAACAUCUAGGAGUCUUCCUUGGAUUUAGAAGAAGCUCUUCCCCAAGAGGCAGCACAGCUAAUUCUCUACCUGCCACCCUGUAGUCAAGAACAGGCACCCCUAGCCAUCUGGGUAAGCCUCGAUGCUUCUUUCAGGGAUGUGAUACAAACAGCAUCUCGGAUCUGUUUGUUACUGCUUGUCUGUCAAGAUUGUAGCCAGGUUCAUAGUUCAUUGGUCCUUCCUUCCAAACUCCAUCACUGACUGAUUUCAGAAAAGGUAGAGAACUCCAAACUCUCCCAGCAGGUUUGCUUUCGAGAAAGAGCACAGCCAACACGUCCCCAUCUGUUCAGAAAGUCAUGUUAGGUCAACACACCGCUUCCAUUCUGAGUGCACUUUUACAGGUUUUAUGCUUUAGCAUGUCUAGGAGAUGGGUUAAUGAAUAAUAUAAACAUUAUAUGGGUAAAUGGGAGGUGCAAACUUUUAUUUUUCUUAUGAAAAUAUUGAAGAUAUUCAUUAAGAAUUUGCUUAAAAGGGAACAUAUACAACACCAAAAGGAAAAUGCAUGUUGGUAUAGGAAUCUCUCAGUUUAGUAGGGUCAGGGCUUGUACUGUGCUCCAUAUUUGCUUGCUUGUUGGUUGGUGUUGGUGGUGAUGAUGUGGGGGAGGGGAGUAGUUGUCAAGCCCCAUAAAUAAGCUCAUUUUCUGUCUCCCCUACUAUUCAAUUGCCCUGCUACAGAGUUCUUUCUCCUAUACUUAUGCAAAGUAAUAAGAGCACCUUAGAGGAGGUACCGUGUAGGGACAGGGGAUGUGGGAUCAGCCAUAGGAAUGUUCGAUGAAAUUGCACAGAGGAAAGUUUAAUAUAUGUGUUGAGCUUGUACGUAUAUUUUUUAAAGAAGAACAGAAAGAAGUCAUCUAGUAAUAACAUAUCUUUUUUAAUAUAAGCAAGGGAAAAUAUCAGGAGGUUCCACAGUGCAACAUCCACAAUCUGUGAACUCAUAUAUUUUGGCAAUUUAUUUUUUAAACCCUCAUGUAACUUUUUGAAAAAUUAUUCAUUGGAAGAGGUUGUCUAUUUUUUUCCUUCAUUUAUUUUUUUCUUUAAAAACAUUUGUUUCAAGACAAUAGAAAAAGAGCGUCAUCUGAUUUCACGUGGUGAUAAUCAGUCCAUACCAGGCAUAGUAUCAGCUAUACCGUAUGUCUCGUGCUUACAAGGUCAGCCAGGAGAGGGCAGUUUUUAAAAUGCAGAAAUAUGUUUGUUUCCUCUACCCUAACAUGUCCUUUCUCUUCCUGGUGUCCUGUCAUUUCACCUGCAGCACCACUGCAGAUGAUACGAUGCUCUGGCCUGGUCCAGGAGGCCCUGAACAAUGGGCAGAAUGCCCAGUGGCCAUGGAGAGGCCAAACCUGGUCAACUGAUUAAGUACACAGUGAACUUGCUCAGAGUCAGGGUACAAUGCUGGACCAGAGGUUUUAUUCUUUGGCAAAACCCAGAUUGAUCAAAGAUCUGGUCCUUGAUUUUUGGAUUGAGUCACUAAUCAAAACCACUUCCAGAACUUUGAGACACAAGAAGGGAAAGAUCUUUACUGAGGAACAAGGCCCUGUGACUUUCAGUCCCAAAAAUGCAGCCCAGGAGUGGUUCUGAGCUCUGGCUUAACUGAGGCAACCUCGCUCCUUACCUGGCGUUCAGCCAGUUCACAGGUGUAAGCAGACUGCGGUGAAUGCAGCUUCCCUGGGGUUUUGUCUCCUUCCUAAAGCCUCCUUCACGCCACCUCUUCUGAAUCUCCUACACACAUGGGGCUCCUUUCUGCUGGCUGGCCCAGGGCACUGUGUACUUUCUUCUUUGCCUUCAGAUACAGACAGACCCUCAGUACCUUCCUGGACACACAUUUCCUGUAUUGAAGUAUGUGAUAACAAGGAGACCACCCAGAAAGCUAUGAAUUUCAAUCUAUAGCUGCCAACUGUGAAAGUCAAAUUUUUUUGUUAAGUUAUUUUGUUAUCUUUUGGAGCUAAUGAAGUGCCAGAUUAAGCCAGACUUUGAUUUUCUGCCAUCCCUGUGGAACCAAGUUCUUUUUAUGUGUUCAUUUGGUGGGGGAAAGGUGAGAAGACAGCAAGCUGGUUGGAGCCCAGCCUAGAGGCUCAGUGGCCUGACUCUGCACAGGGAGUAGCAAUACAAUGAGUUUUGGUCUCAAAUAUUUCUAAAUAAGGCACGUUGUAGCCUUUUGAUUUUUUGCUCCCUUGACAUCCCUUCGGAAAAGGUUUUUCAUCUCUCCCAAGAAAGCAUUUCAUGGUGACAGAUAGGGCAUUUGCCAGGUAGCAGCAAAGCAGAGUGUUGACCAGGCAGUAGUUUAAGCCUGAGUCCUUCCAAGGUAACAGGCACUCAAUUUGUGGGAAGCAGGGAGGAGACACCAGAGACCUGUGGACACCUGGCUCCCACACAUCUUCUUGGUGCUGAUCAGCUGGCUGUCACUGUCCCUGAGUUCUCCCUGGGAACUGCCAUGUUCCCCCUUUGGAAACAGUUGCUCUUAGCAAGGAAAGGGCCACCUUUGGGAAGGAGCUCUAGGCCCAGCACAGGGCCGCCAUGCCAUCUCCAGCAGGCACUCUCGAGGGGACAUGCACUUCUCUCCACCUCAUUUGCUGGAAAGUUUCCUUUUCUGGCUGGCAAAAGCCAGUGCUAGGAUGAGUAGUGGGUUUCUGACCAGGAACGUGCACACUCAGCUGCGAAGUGCCCGUUGGCAGCUCCACAUACCAUCAAGGUGCCCUUGAUUAGAUGAUUCUUUGUCUAGCCAUAACCACAUUACAGAUGAAAGAAUGUUGCGGUUCCUGGGCUUUCCAAAAACUUUUCAAAGAGAUAGUUGCAUUCACCUUGCAAAAGAUUUCUGAAACUGAAAUGUCCUCUAUUAAAUUUCAAGAUCACUCAAGUUAUAAGUCUGCUAUCUCUGGUGUCACACUUAGCCAAACUUUUGCAAGUAGCCCUGGGCUAUGAAUUAUCCAGCACUGCUGAAUUCAUAUCCCUCACUCUGUCAGACUCCAUGGGAAAAUAAAAGUGCAACAUUCACGAGAGAAGGUUCAGAGAAAGGUGGCAAGAAUCAUCCAUGUAGGAGAGAAUACCUUGAGAAGAAUGGCAAAAUACUGUAAAUUAUAUUCAUUUCCUCAGGGAAAAAUAAAGGGCAUGUGAAAAAUAGAUCUGGAGAAUCCCAAGACUAGGAAGAAUUUUAUUAUCUCUAAAGUCUUUUCUGGUCAGAACAAGUUUUUUCAAGUGAAAAUGAUAAUCAUUUCGAGACAAAUUUCAGUGAACUGGACUUCCAUGAGGUGUAGAAGAAUGCCCUAUGAAAAGGAGCUGUUUUCUUUGUAGCUGACCUAUAGUCUAAGACUGACAUUUGAACCAUGGGUGCAAUGCCUGUGGGUAUUCAUAGACUCAUGUAAGGCUUUUUUCUGAAUGUACUUGUGAAUACAAAGCCUUGCUGUUCUUUUUAUAAUUACCCAGUUGGGUGACUUUAUUAGCUAGAAGCAGAAUUCUGUAGGUGAAAGAAAGCUGUUAAAGAUGUGCAUUUUGCUUUAAUAGCAUGUUAAGGAAUAAAUUUCCAUGGACUUCUGCGGAGAAGGUGCUGCUUUUUCUCCUGAGACCCUGUAGAAUUUCUAUCGACCACAUUAGCUGUAGUAUUGACCUGUGUGAACUCGGUGAAGAAUCUGUGCAUACAAAUGAGUGGAAACAGAGCGGGAUUCAUGAAUAUGCAUGAGAAUGUGGAUCAUUUUGGAGAAUGCACUGGGCACACAGGUCAACUGGAAAUUUCAUUUCUCUAAGAAAGUAACCCUACCAGCAGCACACAGACUCCCCCUGUUCCUCAAACCUAUGGGGAUGCCUCUGCAUUGAGACUGUUUGCAUUGUGUCUUUUUUCAUUGUAACUACCAAACCUGAAGUCAGUAAAUAAAAUGAGAUUAGCACUUUUAGGUACCAAUUGUAUCAUUGAGUCAUACACACCAAUAGAACAGGGAAGUAAAAAAUGUACUUAAAACCAACAGAUUAUUAUGACUUACUUUGAAAAAGCCCAUAUCCAAUGAUAUAUGCUUUAAGGGUGUAUCCAUCAUAGGAUUAGGUAUCAAAAGGGGAAUUUAAUUUCUGGUCCUGUUUUGUAAAUAGCUCCUUUUUUUGAAGACAAUCUCAUGUUUUAUAACUUUCGUUGGGGGUCUGAGAAUGACAAUGGUAAUGAGUUGUGGCAAAAUGUAAUCUUAAAGACAAUUAUCUUAAUUUUCCAAAUAAAACAAGAAAUACACUGCUUAGGCUUCUAAAAUUCUAAGAGACAUGACACUUUUAUAAUAAGCAUUAGUACUUCUCAAGUUAACACAACUGGAAAUAUUUUACAAGAUGCAAUGUUUUGUAAUCACAAAAAAAAUGAACAUUUUGUGGGAAAUGACCUUGGUUUUAUACAUUGUAGCUUAUUUUUUAAAAUAUAGUAUUUUACCAGACAGGAACUGUUAAUAUUAUAAUCAAUUCCUGCUCACCAAACAAAGGGCUUUGUCUCUUUUAAGCAAGUGUUUUGAUGUGUAUCUUUUCAAUUAACCCUCUGCAACAGGGUAGAAAUGAAGAUCAGAUGGAAUGGUUAUUAUAAGAGAAUCAAGAUCUACUUUUAUCAUUACCAGUGUUUUACCAUUAAUUACCAUUACUUAAUUUUCAAAGACUUACGGAAAAGGGACUUGAAGAAUCAGUCUAUAUACAGAGAGUGUCAAAAAAAUGUAUACACAUUUUAAGAGAUGUUAUCUAUGUAUUAAUUUUCAAAGUUGAAUUGAAGGGAUUAUUGCUGGUCAAGUGUACCCAGACAUACUACACACAUCCCUUUUAACUGCAAUUCAUACACUUUGUUGGAAUAAUUGAUUUUGCUUCCAACAAGAUCACUUAAAAUGUGUAUACAUAUUUUUGGGCCCCACCCCCACCCCCAGGAUUUUAAAUCUAAAAAAUGUUAACAGAUAUGCUUAUAGGCCAUGGGAGAAAUAAAUUCUUUAAGGUAAAAUGAUAAAUUCCGUGUCACAAAAACAAGUUUACCACUUGACCUACCAGAACCACAAACCCAACAUUUAACUAGCAAGUAUCAUUUGGUGGAAAUUUCUAAAAUCAUAGUAUGUAGGUCCAAAGAAUUUUUAGGUGAUCAGUAGCAUUUAAAUUAAUUUUUACCCUCAGCACUAACUAAAUCAUUUCAUUAUCAGAACCUUGAUAUUUUUCACUGUGAAAAACUCACAGGCACUUAGCCAUGAUCAGAAAGUGACUACGUUCCCGAGAGCCAGGAAGCAAGGAGGGAGCCAUGGAGAGUUUAUUAAGUGCACAAAUGAUUCUGAGCUUUGCCAAAACCAUUUCAUAAUGUUGUACUUUUUUUUCCCCCAAACCCAUUCACUGUUAAAACAAGUAAGCAUCGUUUAAGGUUUCAGUAAUCCAAAAGCCAGGCUAAUUAGCCAAGUACACAGAUAACAUCAGAAGAAAAGCUGAGACAGAAUAGCCAUACACCAUUGGGCAACUCUUACGAGGUGGGUCAGAAGGUCACUCAGACCUUGGUUUCAAAUAGGCUUUGGAAUCAGAACAUGCGAGGACUAGAAAUGCACAAAGUUAGGGCAAACUGUAUACAGCCUUGGCUCCCAGUCUUUGAAAUGAGUCAACCUGGAAAUCUCUAUCUUCAUUCCCUUGGAAUAUUUCCAUUUUAGCAUUAAGAUCCCCAAGAAAUGUUUGUCGCUGUAUAGUAGUGAAUCAAAUGAGUCUCAUUUCAUCUUUAAACAGAAGCUUCCCAAUGGUAUUAUGUAUAGCAGAGUUUGCAAAUUUAGAUGCCUUAGAAGGGCAAAGCAAGUUCUUUAAUGAUCCAUGUACAUCAGACAAAAAAGGACACUAGAGAAUGUGAAGUCAUGUUGAAACGGAGAACACCUGCCCCUUUGAGGAAGGACACACACUUAGCUCUAGACAAUCAGACCCAUGAAGAAAUCAGGCCCAGGGCCUCUUUUCUGUCUUGGAAAUAUAUUACCUGACAUUUUAAGUGUUGACAACGAAAUCAAAUGUUUGGCCAACACUGUGUAGACCAAAGAGAACCUAUAUGUGGGUGAGUGCAGCCUGUGGCCACCAGUUUCAUCUGUUGGAGAAAAUAGAUUUCACAUUCCAUGGCUUAAAAAGCCAAGUUCUUCCAUCAGCCCCACAAACUUGCAUGUUGUCACUAUCUGAGCAACUAAAAUUAAAAAAGGGAAAGAGGUCAUUUCUUGGCAGAAAUCAUUCUCUUGGAAGACUUGAAUAUAGAAACGUGAUGUCUUUAGCCUUGCCUCUGGUCAAAAUAUACUAAGUUAUCCAGCUCUUUCACUCUUCCUCCUUCUGGCGUGCCAGGCCAUGCCCCAAAGCAUUGAAUAACUGUAAUCCUAAUUUUCAUACUGUUUCACUACCGUGACCACUGUGAUGAGGGGCUGGCAAAGAGAAGCCUUGUGCCUUGAGAAAAGGCAGCCAGGAGCCCCUGGAAUUUUAAGAUAGUACAUGCCUCCUUGUGCCAAAGCCCUUUGCCAACUUCUCCACAUUUAUCCGCUCUCCCCCACCCCCAUAAUCUUUGUUCCAGUAUAAUAUUACCAUUGUUUCACCUCUGAUGUGGCAAGGUCCUUGCUUCAGAACUGGUAGGCAUGUAGGUAUUUUAGAGUGUCCACUAACCUCAAAAGGCCGUUUUUCCACAUAGAAAACGUUAACAUCUUUGAGGGCAAAAGCAAAAUGGGAAUAAACAUGUCAUGAAAAAAAUUAGAAGUUGCUUCCCUGGUUUGGAUGGACUAACUUAAUUUAAACUGAUUUACAUCCUGAUGGUAUUAGGAUAAUCACUAACCCUUCCAAAUAUAUAAUAAAGUAUGUCUCUUUCAGACACAUUAUUUCAUUUGAUCUUUGUAAGAAUGUAAUGUAAAAUAGGAAUAUUCUAUUACCCACCUCCAACGCUAACCCGGAGUAAUCUCAAACCUGUGAGUCAGCCUCAAUUUUGCUUACAAGGAAGGGGGAAAGGGCCUAUUAAAGGGCUGGCUCAGAGCUUAGCCUUCCAGAAUGACUUGAGACCUGAGAAGACCUAGGGACUUACUGUGUUCUCAAGUCUAGGAUUUGCAGUCUAGAAGAACCCACUCAUUCACUCAUUCCUGUGGCCAAGUACAAAAUUAUCCCCAAAUGUAUCCCUUUACUGUAGCUAAUCCCUAAUCCCUAAAUUCUAACCAAGUAAGUAAUUAAUUACCUGAUUUUAUUAGCUAAUGGGAUGUUCUGAGUAAAAGGUUUUGAGUCCUUGGGAAAAUUAUUUUGCUGCUAGUGUAUAACAUUUGUCAUCAAUAUAAACUUAGUGCCAGAAAAUUUAAAACCAGCUCAAAUUUAUAUUUAAUAAUUUAUAAUGAUCAAAUCAAAAUGUAAACUCAACCCUGGAAAUGCCCAGUAAUAUGGUUAAGUCAUGUUUAAAUAUGAAUGCAAUUUCUUGUGCUGUGAUUAAAAGGCAAUCCAAUCUGUGAAUGGGGUUCCUGUUACCCUUCAUUCUUUAUCAGUUGUACCAGGUCAAGUUUAGAGUAAGGCAACUCACAGGGAACUUAGUCAUGGAGCUAGAAGGAAUCCGAGAAAACCAAUUUGGCCUGACACCCACUUGAUUGACAUUCAUUUUCAUUAAUGAUACUUUAGUAAUGUUCUGAAGUUGAAUAGUCUGAAGAAGGAAAUGGUUUAGCACUUUCCUUUACUGAGGAAAAAGGAGCCCAUUUUGCAAAGGUUAACAUCAUCUGGUGACAGUGGCAAGACUUUUUGAAAAGACUCAAGUUUUAGGGCACAAAACUAUGGUUCCAAAAGCAGGUAACUGUAGAUUAUGAAAAAAGGUGAAGAAGGCAACUAAAUUCUAUAUUCUUUGUUUUUUUUAAAUAUUUUUUCAUGUUGGAACCAUCCACAUUAUUAUUAAUUACCAGCUUUUAAAGAGAAGAUGCACUUUAUAUUAUGAAAAUGUUAAAAAUUAACUCUCAAGUCUAAUUAUGACUUUCUCUUAUUAGGGCCAGUACCCUAAAUUUUCAAUUCAUAAAAUUAGCUGGAGUAGAAAGUGGCAACUCCUAAGAAAACUAAAAGAGCUGUCAUAAACUAGAAAAUGUUCUUUAAAGAAAAAAAAGGUACUCAUCUGUUUUCUUCUGAAUUCUCACUAUCCCUGACCAAAGAAGAGAACCAUCACUCUUGAGAAGAAAUUGAGCUGAGAGAGAGAACAUUAGUCCCGAUUCUGGUUACUAGUCUUAUUUUGGCCACAUGGCCUAUCAAUUUGUUAGUGGAGUGUUAUUCUCCCCUUAGUAUCCUCAUCUCCCAGAGCCAGAGGCCAGGCUGUUAGGUUGCUUGCUCCCAAAUCCCUUGAUGGGACAUUCUUGCUUCUGUGCUAAUUUCUCUCUCUCUAAUUAAGGUCCAAGGGAAUAAAUGUUACUGUGGCUUGUGUUAGCUCACUCAAGGUGGCUACCACCUUCCUUCACGGGAAGAAACAGUUGCAUCUGUCUGAACAGUUUGAAGAGGUAAUGACGAGAGCAGCUUAGCAUAGAACUGGCCACACAUCACAGAAGAUGUGUUCUGACUCAUAGCUAAAGUGGUAAGGUAGGUGACCCUUUCACUGUGCCCCAAAGCCCACGUGCAAGUCACCCGCCCCACGAGUCCCUCCACCCGCACGGCUAAUAGAGCAGAACCAGCAGGGCCUGCCUGUGCAUGUCAGGAGGGGAUGCGAGGGCAGGGCAAGAAGGCUCCAAGUUGCAUUACUCGGGCUCUGACCUCUGCCCGAAUCACAGAGCAUGAAAACAGAAUUGGCCAUUAGUAUGUGAAAAGGAAGUAGCUCCUGUGGGGUAUAAUUGUUUUAGUUUUAUAUUUCUAGAGAAAGAAAAUGACUCCAAGAUGCUUAAGCUGUUAAGCACUUGUCUUUCACUCCAGUGGAGUCCCCUUCCCAUAUUUUGGACACAGAUGGCUGGGGCUGGCCAGGAGGAAAGAGCUAGAGCUCCUAGGACCAGCAGCUGCUGCCAGAGUCUGAGUUGCCCCUCAGGGAUCUACAGUGGAGCUCAAUGAUAAACUACCCCACCUCAUUCCCCCAAAAGGGUGGAGGAGCAAAGCAUAACUUCGCAGAUUACAAACCCUUGUCCCAUACCCUGCUUCUUGGAAAUCAAUGGCUGUGAUUUGACCAACCCCUGUGAUGACAGUAUCUUUACACAGUGUCCCCAUCAUUUGGGGAGCCUCCUUGAUCACUUGUAAAAAGCUUUAGAAUAAACUUAGAUUUUUAGGGAACUCAAAAUCCCCAAAAUGUACUAGUUCCAGGACUUCAAUAACUGAAAAUCCCCCAGGUAUAAAUUAACCCAGGAAUGUGGAUCGUAUAUGUAAAAAAAAAAAAAAAAAAAAUGCCAUUAAUCAAUAUUUUCCUACAACACACCCUAAAAAUUCUUAUUUUUGUAAUUAAUGGUUGGAUGAUGGUCAGCCAUUUAAACAUACACUCUCUGGAAUAACCAGAUACUAGAAUAGUUUCCAAAGUGUUUUGUGUAUCAAAUUCCUAUAUACUUAGAAGAAGAACUCAGGAUAAGAAAAUAAUCGCUAGGUCCCAAAGGGUUCGUGACUAUCAUCAAAUGCGACUGCUGAGUGGCCGACAGUCAUUUUUUUUCAAAUGAGAAGACUGGAGAGAAAGAACAACAUAGUUACAAAACCUCAGUUGCCCUUAGUCCGUGAGAAGAUUUAAGAAAACUCUGCUUUUAAACAUUAAGCCAUCUUUCAAAUUGUUUUGUAUACCAAAUCCAAAAUAUUAAAAUGAAAUCAUUAAAUAUUUAAAAUGGGGUAGUUAGUGGAAAUGCAAUCAGUAGAAAGAAACAUGGGUUUUCAGUGCCUGCUAAACAAGGAAAGGAGACAGGCUGGAGAGAGAGCAGCAGUCCAUCCUUCACGAUGCUUGCUCGUGUGACAAUGACAGGUGUUCAUAUGUUAUUAGGCACUGAUUCAGAAGCCAGGUGGCAAUGCUAUCCAAUGUAUAGAGAUCUGUUGAAAUAUAAUCUUACCACUAUUUGGGGGUAAGUACUUGCUUACAAAAGUCUUUAAUAUUAGUGAAUGAAUGUAUAAAAUUAUAAACUAUGCAUUUUCAAAGAGUAACACAUAUUUUGUAUCUAAUUCAAGUAAAUUUUUCUCAUAGCUACUUACCACAACUGCAAAUUAUUUAAAGAAAAACUUGAACACGUACCCUUCUGGGAAUGUGAGACACCCAUUUCUAUCCUCCCAGUGGAUGUUUUUAAAGUUGGUAUAUUGAAACUUAAGUCUAGAACUUCAGCUUCUAAAAAAAUUCCACCAUUAAGGUGAAUAAACGAGUAAUGGUUUCUAUUUUGCUUCUUAAGCAUAAACAGGAAAUGUUGGUUGUUAACAAAAUGUGCCGAGUUCUUUAUGUUGUGGUAAUGCUGGAUUAACAAGCUAGAACUGCAUAAAAUGAACAAGUAUUGCUUUGGAUAAAUACAGGUUUUGUCUGUUGUCGGUUUUUAAUUCUCAAUCCAAGAAAAAAAUACAAAAAUAUAUAUUCAUCAAAGAGUUUGGGUUAUAUAGCUUCAAAGAACAAAAUAUGAGCAUAUUGUCCAGCAAAAAAAAUCAUUGAUCUUUUUUCAAAAUUACAUAGAGAUAAUCGCUUAUGUUUUGGAAAAUCUGUAUAAAACCUACAAAUUCCUUCAGCCCUCUUGUUGAUUUCAUAUUUUCAUGAAAUCUUUUCCCCUAAUAAUUUGUCUUUGCUCCUUAAUCAGCACUUUUCUACAUUACUCAGCAUGAGAAAAUAUUCUCUCAUCUGACAAUGUGGAAAUAAAAAACUCCAUUUCUCUGCCAUCCUGGUUCUCUUCUAUGUCCAUUGAGAAAGUUUCUCCACUGUUUGUAUGUAAAAUAGAAAAGAAAAAAAAAAACACUUCCAAACCUGGUACUUAACGUUAUACUGGAUUGUUUGCUACCUAGUAAGUUAUUAUGGAAGGGCAAUGUGUCUUUUUAUAUGAUUUUUAGCCAAAUUCAGAUGUUCUGAUACUACAUUUCUGAAUACCUAUCUGACUGUAAAUACAGCCUGUGGAGGUUCAGGUUGAUAAACCUUUUACGUGACUGUUCCUCAGCCAUGCUCCUUGCCACCUUUUGGCACAUUGUACAUAGAUUUGUCGAAUGUUUAAAUGAUGUUGUUUUUCUAAAUGCUGUUCUCUACAACAAUCUUUUGAAUGUUUUUUUUUGCUUUCCAUUGUUUUGGACUUUGUGUGUUAGUUUUUUUAAAAAAAUGUUUCCUAAAUAUUUAACACCAGGAAAAAUAUUUUAAAAUAAACUGGUGCUAAUUGAAAGAGAAGAAAAACUGCAGAUCGAAGAUGUACAAUAAAUGAAUUGUUCACACCAGUUAAACUGCACAUUCCCAAGGGGACAGCUGGCUUCUACCUGAAAUAGGCAUCAGGACAACCAUCAAAUGUUUACAGUUUCUGUGGCUCAUUUAAGUGUAAAAUACAGAAAAGCGGCUGUGUCCCAGAAUUGAGAUUUGCCACACUGGUCCUCUGGAAGCAUUUAAGUAGAAGAAAAGGCUUGUAGUAGGAAUCACGUUAGUAAUAGUCUCUGGUCUUUGGACUUUUAUGUUCUGUAAUGCUUAGCUGUAGCAAUGAACGUGGUGUUGCCAAUCUAGUCUGACAUCAUCCUUGACCUGUACUUACUCUGUGUAUGGUUCUACCUUGGGUUGCACUGGCACGAACAGAGCCAGAACACUGGACUUGCAGUAAGAUAGACCAUUCUGACUUCUACAGUGUCCACACACGUGAACUCAAAUGCACUUGUAACUGGUUGAUUACCAUGAAGUAAGUCUAACUUCCACUUAAUAAAAGUUUUUGUGUAUCUGCUUCUA